CGCCGGCGACUGUGUCAUAAUAAAAGUCCCGCUGCUCGUGAGGCGUGUGUUGAUCAAUCGCUCCAGCUCCUCGUUCAGCUCCCGCAACACUCGGUCCUGCUCUGCUUCAUACUACAGUAACAUUAACAAUCGCAUCCACGAACAUGAGUUAUUCCAGACUCCAAUCCCUAUUCUUUUGCAUCGUCCGUUGAGAUGGAGACCACAUGUCCCAAGUUUCCGCUCUAAAACUUGGCGUCAUCAAACUACGCCUUUGUUUUGAAUAGGCUUCUAGCGACCUCUAGCGGAAAAAAAUAUCACAAAUUGUACCUUUAAUUUUUAGUCAGCCAUAAUUGUUCUGAUUGUUCAGUAGAAUCAAACCAACAUAUUAAAGGUUUGCGCUUUUGAUAAGGUUAGAAUUUUUUUCCGUUAAAUUUAAAUCCAGAGGUCAAAUAUGGCUCCUUAUUACAACCCCCCCCCAUAAUGUUGUAAUUACGAGUGGGAAACUCUGAACUUUCAUUGAGAAAAUAUGGGGGAUGCAAUAGUAUCUGUAUUGAUGGUGAAUCUGUCGAAAUUAAUGAUAUUAUUAUUUUUUUUUUCAUUUACAUCAAAACUAUCUAAAUUGCAUGUACAAAAUACGACAGUAUUAUACAAUUACAAUAGUAUGUGUAAUGAUCCCAUUUAAAGCACCUUCAUAAAUUGAAUAAAAACAUACACAUUCAUUAUUCGUCGUUUUGUAGAAGUAGAGUUAAAAAUGUGGCUGAAUGUUUUGUCAAAUGCAAAUUUCCCAGGAGAACUUGAAUGAAACUUAAGUUCCCCCAUCUAUGAAGAUAUUAGACAUUAUGUGUCAUAAUUAAUGGCCUUAGUUUGAGACCUCAUUAUCAGACAUAACUAUGAAUAUAGCAAUAAAUAUGCAUAUACAGACUUGGCGUCCUGUAUGUAACCAAAAUCAUGGCUGUAGGUCAGUCAGUUCUCAGAAAAUCCUGUUUCACUGAUCAAAGUCACUUCCUGUCUUUAGUGAUAGAAUAAUGAUGAAUUGUCAAUAGGUCAAAGUAAAGCCCCGUAAAAGGCCUCGGAGUUCAAUCUAUAUGUGAUGUGAAUAUUGAUCCAACACUGGACUUCUUCCCAUUUGCGUAUUCAUUUUUUUUUCUGGUAAUAGGUUGGUCCUGAAGGCAAAAUCAAUCUGUUGAUUCAAAGUCUGAAAACGCCAAUAAGAAAUAAUUGUGCCUUCGUGAACAUGUUUUAUUUUGAUGUAAUUGAUUUGUUUAAGAGUGGCCGUUGCUGCAGCAUGCACUAGUCAGCUGCAGCUGACUAGUUCACACUAACGGGUUUUUGUCCACGUGAGGGUUUGUUUGUCGAUGUUCUGGGUCGAGUCACAAGAGGACGACCCUAUCAUUUGGGCAUUUGGAUUAUGUACCAUAUGAAGCUGGAUCUGUAACAGAUUGCCCUGACGGGUAACUCGGUGAGAACUGACAAAAUGCAGCACUUCCACGGCUUGAAGCCAAGUUUGUGGAACUCUACCUCCAGCUCAAAGCGGAUGAAAGCUUUAAACCGAUUCCCUUCAUUCAGUCUAAACUUGCGUCGAUCCAAUCACUCCACGGCACACUGCAACAUUGAGCUUGUUCCCCCAAAGGUGAAGGAGCGCACACAGAAUGUGACAGAGAAGGUCACACAGGUACUGUCUCUUGGUGCUGAUGUCUUGCCAGAGUACAAGCUCCAGGCCCCAGACGUCCACAAGUGGAUCAUGUUGCACUAUAGUCCUUUCAAAGCCAUUUGGGACUGGAUCAUCCUCCUUCUAGUGCUCUACACAGCGGUCUUCACUCCAUACUCUGCUGCUUUCCUCCUCAAUGAGCAGGAGGAGGAGAGGAAACACACCUGUGGUUACACCUGUAACCCUUUAAAUGUAGUAGACAUGAUAGUGGACAUUCUGUUCAUCAUAGACAUCGUGAUUACCUUCAGGACGACGUAUGUGAAUCGUAAUGAUGAGGUGGUGACCCAUCCCAAGCGUAUCGCUAUUCAUUAUAUCAAAGGCUGGUUUCUCAUCGACAUGGUGGCUGCGAUUCCAUUCGAUCUGCUCAUCUUCGGGUCAGGAUCAGAUGAGACGACAGCCACUCUCAUUGGCCUGCUGAAGACAGCCCGUCUGCUGCGGUUGGUUCGUGUGGCCAGAAAAUUAGAUCGAUACUCAGAGUAUGGAACCGCAGUCCUCUUCUUGCUCAUGUGCACCUUUGUGCUGAUUGCUCAUUGGUUGGCUUGUAUCUGGUAUGCCAUCGGCCAUGUGGAGAGGCCUUACAUGAAGACAGGUUGGCUGGAUAACCUGGCCGAUCAACUGGGGAAGCAUUACAACGACAGUGAUGCCAGCUCAGGACCCUCCAAUCAAGAUAAAUACAUCACUGCACUCUAUUUCACCUUCAGCAGUCUGACCAGUGUGGGCUUUGGGAACGUCUCUCCAAACACCAACUCUGAGAAGAUGUUCUCUAUCUGUGUCAUGCUCAUUGGCUCUCUCAUGUAUGCCAGCAUAUUUGGGAAUGUCUCUGCAAUAAUUCAGAGGCUUUAUUCUGGGACAACACGCUAUCACACUCAGUUGCUGCGGGUUAAAGAGUUCAUCCGCUUCCAUCAGAUACCUGGAGAUCUGAGGCAAAAACUGGAGGAAUAUUUCCAACAUGCCUGGUCCUACACCAAUGGCAUUAAUAUGAAUGCAGUCAUGAAAGGUUUUCCAGAGUGUUUGCAAGCUGACAUUUGCCUGCAUCUGAAUCGUAAUCUGCUACAGAACUGUAAAGCGUUCCGUGGGGCGAGUAAAGCGUGUCUGAGAGCUCUCGCCGUGCGCUUCAAAACCACCCACUCCCCACCUGGAGACACCCUCUAUCACCAUGGCGACAUGCUCAAAGCACUCUACUUCAUCUCCCGUGGAGCCAUUCAAGUGUCGCAAAAUAACAUUGUGCUGGCCAUACUUGGAAAGAACAACAUCUUUGGCGAGCCCUUAAACCUGUAUGCAGAUCCUGGUCGCUGUAAUGCUGAUGUUACUGCACUUACCUACUGUGACCUUCACCGUAUCCAAAGAGACGACCUUCUAGAGGUGCUGGACAUGUACCCUGCAUUUGGAGAGAGCUUUUGGAGGAAACUAGAAAUCACCUUUAACCUACGAGAUGUUGAACAGAUGAUGGCAAGUGAAAAUUUGGACUGCGGUUUCCAUGCAAGCCGCAUUCGACACAGACAAAACUCACUAGACAGGCGCAACAAGCCAGAUGGAAUGGACCAGAGUGACUCAUACCCAUCUCAGACGUGUUCGGCCCUGGGUCGUCACCAUUCUCUAACCACUCACAUGCACUGGGAGGAGCUGUGCAGCUGUGCAAGCUCCACAUUGCAGUCCAGUGAAAACCUCAGCAAGUCUCCCAUCAGCCACUGUGAGCUUUAUAACUCUGAGGCAGAUCAUCUAGACUACCCCUCUCCUGUUGUGAGACUAAUACCACAGAGUGGUGCCUCUGAGAUCAGCGGAGAGCCUGGCAUGGAUAUGGGGCACUUGGAUCCUCCUCCAUCUGGAUUGUACCAUUACUGGCCUGACCACCAGGCAGCUCAUUUUGCUCGGUGCCUUUCGUCUGUCCGGACCUCAUUUCCUCCACCGCUCUUUGCAGAUCAUCAUCCCAGUGAACUUGAGUCCAGACUGGAGCUCCUGCAGAGCCAGCUUAAGAGGCUAGAGACAAGAAUGACAGCAGACAUCAAUGUGAUCCUUCAGCUUCUCCAGCGACAGAUUGCCCCCGUGCCUCCAGCAUAUAGCACGGUAUUACCUGACAACCACAUCCCUGACCCCGCUACACUGUAUGGAAGCAGCACACCAGUACUUCACAGCAUGUUCCCCAUUCCAAAUAUUCAAGUGGACAGUAAAAGCACUACCAUUCAGAGUUCAACCCAGCCAGAAUCCAUGAUCCAGUCAAAUUCCCAGGGUUCUCUGUCUAGUGGUGUCCACAUGGGAGCUGCGUCAGAUGACUGUGAACCUGAUAAACUAGAAACUAAUGCUGUUUCAACUCCAGCACUUAAGCCCAUUUUUAUAGACGCACCGCGGCUCUGUACGUCUCUCCGUUUUCCCUCAUUGCCUGGUAACCUGGACACUUCAUCACACCCAGAAGACAUUCAAAAACACAUGUCUGAUCCUUCCUUGCCAGUCAGCUAAAAUCACAACACGUCAUCAACCAGCUUAUCAUAACAGAACAAUCACAUCAAAACUCAAUCGAUAAAUACCCUGCUGAUGUCACCAGAUUAUGUUGUUUUGUGGAAGCUAGGAAGACCAUGCAAUUCCAUCAUCUUGGUUAACCAAAUGUUGCUGGCCACCAGAUAGGACAGCCCCAAACUAGCACUAGUAACUACCAUGAAAACUCAAACUGGUAUUUUCAGCAGAGAACAAAGCCACGAAGGCUCAAACCUCAAGGUGAAUGUCAAUGAGACAGUGACCAUCUGAAAAAUCUUUUUGUUGUACAUGGACAUCAGUGACAUGUUCUUCAAACAAUGAGACUCAGGGAAGAGUCACAAUUGUCGACAAACCUUUCGAAUGUUAAAUCAAAGAAUGUCUCUGUAUGUCUUGAAAUGAACUCUGUAUGUUUUGUGUAUUUUCUGUUUGUAAUUAAAACAAUGUUCAAUAAAAAUAUAAUAAUU